AUUGUAAAAUGCCUGUCGCGUGAACUGCCUCUUUUGCUACUAUUGCAAGUAUCUCUCGCGUUUCUCGUACCGUUUCCUCUCCCUAGCGGAGUGUAACAGCUUAACGGAGAACUGAGUACUUGCGUCCGCGGGUGCAAUUAGAGCGACAACAAUAACGGCUUUCACAUCGACCUCGUCGGCGUUGUUGUCCUAUCAUUGCCAAAUACGAUCGCCUACGCUUUAUAGCUGUCCCGUUUCUUGAAUAAGCGGCGGCUAGCUGACGGCCAGUUGAGGGCUCGUCGCCGUUCAUUCGUCCCAAUCUCUUUCAGUCUGCAAUCAAAAGCUCGACAAGUCGUUGACGCCACGGACACGGUGAUUGUGCUCCAGUUUGCCGACGUUUUCCGCCGGUAUCACCCAAAGUCGCGGAUAAAGCUGCUGAUAUACGGAUGUUUAUAAUAGUACAGUGAGUAGUUUUCGUACAAGCAUUGGCGGUGUUAGCUGCAGACACUUAGUCGGAAUCGGAGCGCCCCUGAUCGCGGCACGCUGCCUGAUUGACUGACUGGCCAUUUGUGAUUGGCGUGUGAAACAUACAGGAGAGACUUGAUUGUGAGUGGAGCUGUGUGCUACUGCGGCCGUCACCGACAAUCGCCGAGUCCCAAUGACGGGGUCAGGUCAAUCGAUUGCGCAAUCAUUGCAACUGCCGUCGGCGACAGUGCCCCUGUUCGGCCAUUCACCAACCGAAAAGCACAAAGAGGAGUCGGAGCUAACUAGAAACAAAGGAACAAGGAGAAUACCUAUACGCAAAACAAGGGCAGCCGCGAUAACAGCUGCAGCGUUACGUUCGACGAAUGUGCCAUCAAGCGGCGUUCGAACAGAUUUAUCGCCAUCAUCGUACGGAAAGAUGACUUUAAUCCUUGCAUACGUCCUUGUGAUGCUUUCCCGAGCUCAAUCGCACUCAGUUUUGCUUGAUGGAGACGACUGGAAAGUAACGAACGCUAAUAGAUCAAUUUCGAUUUCAGCACGAGUUCCUGGUGGUAUCUAUAGCGACCUGCACAGAGCCGGAAUAAUAUCGGAACCAUACUAUCGUUUCAAUGACAUGCUUCAGAGAUGGGUGUGCUACGAUGAUUGGACGUGGACCUCUAAAUUUACAGUCCCUGUGGCUGUCUUGGCCUCGCCUAAUUUGAAUCUGGUCUUUCACGGCAUCGAUACUGCAGCCAACAUAUCUCUGAAUGGACGUAAAAUUCUCACAACCGAUAACAUGUUCUUAAGGUACGUGGUCGACGUGCGAGGCGUGCUCAACGAAGGUGAUAACAACAAUCUGACCGUCGCCAUUCAAUCACCGAUUUUCUACUCGUUGAUGAAAUUCAGCGAGUUCUACCAAAACAAUUACACAGUCUAUCCCACUUCACAUCCGGCAUCCCAAAAUGGCGAAGAGCACGCCAACUUCAUUCGCAAGAUGCAGAGCUCGUUCAGCUGGGACUGGGGACCAGCUUUUCCCUCGUCGGGUAUCUGGAAGAGCGUCGAAUUGGAAUACUAUGACAAAAUUCUACUGCGGGAUGUCGUCAUCGGAACACAAGAAAAUGGUGACCAAUGGAAUGUGACGUUAGUUAUAUAUGUGGAAGGCAAUCAGGUUCCACCACAGGUUAGCGUAAAGGUCGACCUGGAAACAGUCGGACAAAUCUUCAACAGAAACAUGCCUGUCGAAGAUGGCAGGGUAACUAUAUCGAACAUUGCCGUCGACGAAAGGAAGGUUCAUCGUUGGUGGCCUAACGGAUAUGGCGAUCAAGUUCUCUAUCAGCUACAUGUCGACGUCGAAGGAUCUUCGAAGAACGUUAGAAUCGGGUUCCGAACUAUUGAACUUGUGCAGAACACCAUGCCGGGAAUUAUUGGCUUGAACUUCUUUUUUAAAGUGAACGGAUGGCCAAUUUAUGCAAAAGGCUCAAACCUGAUUCCAUUAGACGUACUACUCGAACGUGUAACGUCAGCAAAAAUUCGCUCAUUGAUGCUUUCGUCGAAGGAAGCCAACAUGAAUAUGUUACGUAUAUGGGGCGGGGGCAUCUACGAACUGGACGAAGUCUACGAGGCCGCUGACGAGUACGGAAUAUUGAUCUGGCAGGAUCUCAUGUUUGCGUGCGCGCUGUACCCAUCGAACAAGGAAUUUCUGGAUUCCGUCUCGGAGGAGGUCCGCCAAAACAUACGUCGCCUACAACACCAUCCUUCUCUGGCUCUGUGGGCUGGCAAUAACGAAAAUGAAAUGGCCAUUGCCAGCUUUUGGUGGCCUCAAACGAUGUUUCACCUCACACGCUACAAGGAUGACUACCGUACGCUUUACGUCCAUACAAUUAAACCCAUCGUCGAGGAAACAGAUCCAUUCAGGAGCUAUCUCGUUUCUAGUCCUACGAAUGGACUGCAAAGCGAAAAGGAGGAUUACCUCUCGAGCUCUCCAGGAAGCAACCUCUAUGGCGAUGUCCACUUCUACAACUACUUGAUGGACAGCUGGAAGCCAAAUAAUUUUCCGACUUCGAGAUUCGUGUCCGAGUUUGGUUUCCAAAGCUUCCCAUCCCUACGUACCUGGUCACAGGCAACGGACAACCUUAACGACCUUGUAUUUCCUCUAUCUGAACUGGCCAAUCACCGGCAGCAUAGUUCGGUUGUUCUUGUCAUUCCAGGUAACGCGAAUAUCGAGAGAAAGGUCUACACCAAGUUCAAUGGGCCCAAAGUCAGUCUCGGCCCUCAAGAACAGUUUCGUAUCUUUUGCUACCUGACACAAAUCCAUCAGGCCGUCUCAGUCAAAACGGCGGUCGAAAAGUUCCGUCGCGACCGAAGUCAGAUCGACAGCAGCAGCGGAGAGGGACACAACAUGGGCGCCCUCUAUUGGCAACUGAAUGACAUCUGGCAAGCACCGACAUGGGCUUCAAUAGAGUACGAUGGCACCUGGAAGAUGUUGCACAACUAUGCCAAGAACUUCUUCUCCUCGCUUCUGAUUACGGCGCAUCACGAACACUCACUAUGGCCGUAUAGAAAUGAUAUCAGUGUCUGGAUAAUCAGUGAGUUUGAAACUCCGAUUCCAGUUAAUAUCACGCUAGUGCUGUACAGCUUCGACUCAUUCGUACCUGUCAGGUCCUUGUCACUCAAAAAAGAUCUCUGCUCGGACUGUUCGAUGGAAGCGGUUUCGAUAAAAGUUGAUGAUCUCUUUAAUGAGCCAUGUACAUUUGUAACAUGUUUCCUUAUCGUGUUGAUGAGAGAUUCAAAAGAUGAGCUCUUAUCGGAUAACUGGCUGAUCCUUGAAGUGCCAAAAAAGAUUACUUCGAUUGUCGACGCUGACGUUCGAAUCAACAAGGUGCUAGGGCCAAACAGGACUGACGAUGGUCGAUACGAAUUCAGUGUUGAAGUCCGAGGCAAUGCACCAGCGCCAUUUACGUGGCUUGAAGCCGGAGACGUUAAGGGCCACUUUAGUGACAAUGGCUUCUUCCUUUAUGAACCUAAGAAGACAGUAAGCUUCAUCACCGUCAGUUCUAACGUGACGGCUGCCCAACUUGCCAAGAAGAUCUUCGUUGUCCAAUAUAGUCAUGCUGUAGAUCUGCCUAAAGCCGAAGCCUGAAAUAACCUUUGC